GGCGAAUGGAAAGCCCAACCAUAUUAAAGAAAGGGCUUAUCGUUCUCACCUGAAACUCCGAGCUUCUCCUCUCCAGGCAGCCAUGGCGGAACUCAGCUUCUUCGUCGGCGUAAUAGGCAACGUCAUUUCCGUCCUCAUGUUCCUCUCUCCGGCCGCUACAUUCCGGCGGAUCUUGAGGAGGAAAUCGACGGAGGAGUUCGAUAGUUUUCCUUACGUGUGCACAUGGCUGAGCUCCUCCCUAUGGACUUACUACGGCAUUGUAAAGCCAGGCGCGUAUCUGGUCGCCACCGUGAAUUCCUUCGGCGUCGUGGUCCAGUCGUUCUUCCUCGCCGUUUUCCUAAUCUACGCACCGCCGCCAAUGAAGACGAAGACGGGGAUUCUGGUAGGGAUUUUGGAUAUCGGAUUCUUGACGACGGCGAUCGUGGUGAGUCAAGCGGCGUUGGGAGAGGAAACGCGAAUCGGAGCCCUAGGGUUUGUGUGCGCAGGCCUCAACAUCAUCAUGUACGCCUCGCCGCUCUCUGUCAUGGUUCCAAAUGGAAUGGGAUUAGGGUUGGGAUUGGCGGAGCUGUUGCUGUAUGGAAUUUACAGAAAUGCGAAGCCAUUGUUGCCAUUGAAGAGCUCUACCACAUCUUCUGAAAAAGAUUGCCUAACCCAACCUCUCAUCAUUUCUUCUUCAACUUCAGACCCACAACAAACCUAAUUUCCAAUGUGUGCAUGUGUUUUUACAUACAGGCUUAUUAUUAAUCUUCAUGGAAUUAAUAGGUGAAUUUCCAAAAAUUUAGAGUUUGUUUGUCGAUAUAUAUUGUACUUGUAGUGAUAUUGAAAGUAAUUAUUAUUUAUAUUUACUUAUUAAAUAAAUGACUAUUAAAUUGUUUG